GAAGUUUGCGACUAGAAUUGAAAGCACGUCUUCAGUUUGAGCUGAGAGCUGAGGAACAGAAGCUGAGAAUUCAGACGAAAGACAAAUAGUUUCUACAUUUUGAUCUGCAGGUGUGUUAAACAUCAGAGGAAGUUCAAAUUCACCAAGUCAACAUGAGCCGUCGAAAGUCUGGUUUCAAAGCAAAACGUGGAGAUUUGAUUGAAAUACCUCGAACACUUGGGUAUAAACACUGGGCCAUCUACAUUGGACAUGGAGACGUCGUACAUUUAACUUCAGAUGGAGCAAGUGGAGAUGUGAGUUUUCGCUUCUCUAGCUCGGCAGAAGUUGCUGUGAUUAAGAGGGAGCCUCUCACUGAGGUAACUGCAGGUGAUCCCUGCUAUGUCAACAACUGUUCAGACACAAGGUUUGAAGCAAUACCCGUGGCCAAGAUAAUAAACAAGGCUAAAAAAAGCAUUGGACGGAAAGUGCAUUACAAUGUUCUAAAACAAAACUGUGAACAUUUUGUAAACAAACUUCGAUAUGGUGAAAAGAUUUCCUACCAGGCUGAGGAUGCAAGCCUUGCUAUUGGUGUAGGGUCUAUCGCCACUGUAGCUGUAAUGGGUGUCGGUGCCAUUCUUACCCUUCUAUUGGGGGGGCAUCAUAAACAAUGAAGGCUCAUGAAUAACAGAGUGUGCUGGAUUCCUAAUUAAAGAAUUUAAUUAA